GGAUGUUUCUACGUGUUCACUUUCGCGACAGUUCAGGAAGCACCAACAAACGAUCAGUGGUAUAAACAAGAGUCGGUGCUUUCUCCUGUUAAGGAGUACAGCAAACCAGGUAAAUAUAAAUUUUAUUCUAGACUUAAAUCAGUGUAGACUUAUCACGUCAACCAGGGACAUUACUUUUCCGCUUCUUUGUUGGAAUAAGACUGUCCAGGCCUUCUCAUCUCGGUUUUCAGUUAGCACCGAGCUAGUGAUAUCGGUUAGCAAACAGCUUCAGCUAACAAGGAAAUAAACUAAAUCUGUUUUCUGAGAGUCAUUUUUCUGUUCUAUAUAAUGUUAAAAUGUUUUAUAGAAGAGUGCAUGUGAUUUAUCGGGCGUUGCUAGACGACAUACAGAUUGGCUAUAGUAAAGUGUUAAACAGCAUCCUCUGAAGACCUGCUGUAGUUCAACCCUCUCCAUAAUCUUUUUUCUUCCCCCUUUUUCCUUUUCCGUAAUAUUUUUUUAUUCCAACCCUCAGCACCAUGUUGCCGACCACCUCGCCGCACACAAACGGUGCCCUGGGUGCCAGGGACGCUGCACGACACACAGCGGGCGCCAAACGCUACAAAUACCUGCGGCGGCUGCUCCACUUCAGACAGAUGGACUUUGAAUUCGCUCUGUGGCAGAUGCUUUACCUCUUCACGUCCCCACAGAGAGUCUACAGAAACUUCCACUACAGGAAACAGACUAAGGACCAGUGGGCCAGAGACGACCCUGCUUUCCUAGUCCUGCUCAGCAUUUGGCUCUGUGGUAUGUUUGAUUACCGAUUUAAUCGUCUCACUGAUAAAUCUGUUGGGCCCUUGUAUCUUUUCAUUUCCACUGGAGCUGCUUAUUACCUGUUUGUUUUCUAUAGAUGUAUCCCAUAAAAACGGAACACUUUCUCUAUUCCUCUGUAGUGUCAACAAUAGGCUUUGGUCUAGUUUUGGAUAUGGGGGUCCUGGAGACUCUGAAGCUGCUCCUGUGGGUUGUUUUUGUGGACUGUAUAGGUGUUGGUCUCUUCAUAUCAACUCUAAUGUGGUAAGUAGAUACAUACAGUAUUACAGUAAUGCAGUAUUUACAUUUAUGGAACAGAGGUGGAUGAAGCCAUACUCAAGUAAAAGUGCUAGUUUUAUACUAUUGAGCCUCAAAAGGGCUCUAAGUAAAAUUUGAUUUUGGGGCCCUCUAUUUCUGCCAAUCAUAUUGAUUGUUGAUCAUUCACACACCUUCACAAAUCUCUUUGAUUAACCUUCCAUGACAUGCAAAAAUACCUUGUAUCUUGGCAUUUUUUUUCUUUCCUCUGCUUCUUAAGGACAUGUCCUUUUUUGCAACAUUGCUUUGCCCCACAAUUCCCUUUGCUUUGGAUGCUCAGUGCACAUUGCACAGCAGAAGGCACAUCACAGUAACAGAUCUUUGACAUAUCGGCAGUAAGAAUCAUAGGCCUACAUCAGCAGCAGCACUAAAAUGUUUUUACUCUAUUUUAUUUUUACAAUAAUACAUAUUUGAUCAUAAAAAUGUAUAAUUUUUUGAUUGCUCUUGGGGGGGCCCCCUAUUGGCCGCAGGGCCUUAGCAUGUCCUUGAGCCUGCUUUGCUAUCAAAGGUUUAGAAGGAUAGAUGUGAUCAUAUACAGACAGUACAGUUGAGGCUGAUAAUCAUUUAUUUCCAAAACAAAUCAGAGUAAAUUGAUGCUUAUUGUGCAGCUACGUUUGGAAUGAUGGCGGUACGUGUGCACAUGUAAUUUGCAUGACUUUUAAUGAGUAAGUAAACAGUAUCACCAUCAAGUUAUCUCUACCCACAUAGUUGCAACUUUCUCACAACUGAUGUGCCUUGAACUGAUUUAAAAACAAAUGAAACAGCAUCUUUAGAUUAAAUAUCUUUUUUGCCUUUUUGCACAUGGAUAACUUUUCCUCUUCUUCUUUUUUCCUUUGUCGGGGUUUUUGUGACAUUUGCUCUCCACAAUGUUGCAUCCAUACCACUCGCAGUUAUUUCGCUUCUUUUAAUUUCAGUAAAAAUAAUCCAGCAUCUUUAGUCUGCAAAAUCCUCCUGAUGUAGAGGACAAAGAUUCUCAGGGGACAUAUAUUGGUGUAAAAGUUGACUUUAUUCUCAGGAAAUGUUUUGGAGUCAGAGUGGAAGUUGACAGAAAGUUUAUACACUUACUGAAGUACUUUGGUAUGGUACUUUUACCCAUGGAGAUGUGUAGUUUGUAUCAGUCCUUGUUUUCUUUGAUUUGUAUUUUCAGUACAGCUGACUCUAAAGUUGGACUCCAAACAGCCGAUGUGACAUGUUGUGGUUUUAUUUUCUGUUCAGGUUCAUCACUAACAAAUACCUGCUCAAACAUCCCAGCAGAAAUUUUGACGUGGAGUGGGGCUACGCAUUUGACGUUCACCUGAACGCCUUCUACCCUCUCUUAGUCAUCCUUCAUUUCCUCCAGCUCUUCUUCAUCAAUCGUGAGUAGACUGAGGCUCUGUGGGAAUCAAACCCCUGAAACUGAGAUUUAUUCAUCCAACUUAAAGCAGUAAACAGUCUUAGAAAGAGUCUAAUCUAAAUGGGCACUUGUGUGAGAGUGACGUGCAGAUUGAAAUUGAAACAUAAAUCUCUUCAUUGGACAAUAUGACUCUUAGUUUUUUUGACAUCUAGUUAAAGUCUUUGAUCCAAACAGUGUGAACCACACAUAUCUGAGGGUUCUGUAUGAAAAUUUGUCAAUUUUCAUGUAUUAAUACUCAAAAAAUCAUACGCUUGAACCUUUUUCUCCCAAAAUUUCUCCUGUUUCAGACAUUGUGGUGAUAAACUCAGACUGGUUCCUGGGAUAUUUUAUCGGGAACACUUUGUGGCUCAUCGCUAUAGGUUAUUAUCUCUACAUCACCUUCUUGGGCUACAACGGUAAGUCAUCUUUAAGUGUUUGAAAGGACACUCUGCAAAUGUUUCAGGUGUUCCAGGUCACCCUUUCAAAAGAGAUUUUUAAUCUCAAACUGGCUUUUCUGGGUACAUAAGUUCAAAAAAUUAGAUGAAAAAGUAUUAACAACAUAAUUAUUGUCUGAAAAGCUACAAUUCCCUGUAUGUCCACCAGAUGUCACCUGUAGAACCACAUUUACACUCAUUCAAAAAAAGCCAAUUUUAAGAGUGGAAAUAACACAUUUGCAGCUCGAUUCAAAAAAGGGUUUUGGUCUGAUUAGCUCAGGGCUCCCACAGCACCCACAGUCAGGGAGUGAUUUUUUUUUUGUUUGGUAUUAGAUCAGGACACUGUUAAGAUUUGUUUGACAUUGUUUGCAUGGACCUGGAAACAGUUUGAAAUGCAAAAUGCAAUAAAUUUAAAACAUGCUGUAACAAAUGCGACCAAUCAUGAAAAACAAAUAAUUCUUUUGUAACUGUAACUGCAGAAUAUUGAAUCUCUUUUGAUUGUUUUAUGUGCUUAAAACUCUUCCAUUCUUUUUAUUAUCAACUUAAACUUAUGCCAAUCUUUUUGUUCAAGCUAGCUUUUAAUCUUUACUUGAAUGUGUCUUUUAUUUAUGUGCAGAAUAUCGAGUUGCCCACGUUUUUGAAAGUUGCUAAUAAAUUGACCAUGCCUCGACUCUGACAGCUGCAAUAGUAAUUCCACAGAGAUCUUGAGCAGAGAUUUGCAGACUUUGAAUGAGCUUAAGUGGGUUUACAAGAUCAAUUUUUUUGAUGCUGAAGUUAAGUUUCCUGGCUGCAGCACAAACAUCUUAAUACUGACAAUUAAAGCUUAAAUGGAGGGGAAUUAGACGCUAUCUCCAGCUAUACUGGGAUGGAAUCUGAAUUGUUAUUGUUGUCUACGAGCUUUCUGCAUAAUUCAUCUGAAAGACAUCCAGAUGUUGUAGUCAUGAGUGUUUAUUUAUUUUGGUAAAUCCUUCACCAUGUGUCCUUUUAAAAAAGUAUAAACUUACUAUUUACAUUCCAGUGCUUCUGUACAGACCUGUGGUGUUUACUUUCCUGAUUUAUCCCUCUUCUGUUCCAGCCCUCCCCUUCCUGCAGAACACGGUGGUUCUGCUCUACCCGUUCGCUCUGCUCGGCCUCAUCUACGUCCUCUCAAUCUCUCUGGGCUGGAACUUCACAAAGGGUCUCUGCUGGUUCUACAAGUACAGAGUCCAGUAAAACCAGUUUGUCUCUGAGCUCGGACACUAGUUUGCUCCUUUUUUCACUCAUAUCCUGGUGACAAUGAAUUCAUUCCCAGCUUCUGUGAGUCAUGUUGGGGGAGAGGGACUUGGACUCGACUUGACUCUCAGCUCGGCGGUGACUGGCUUGGACGGUUGACUCUGAUUUUCAGUUUGGCUCUUUUGUUGAGCUCUAAAAAAAUAUAAAUGAUAACAUGUUUGGACUAGUAACAGGAACGGGGAAAGUAAACAGCUUUUAUUGUUAUUCUUUUUGUAUGAAUUGUAAAUAUUUUUCCGACAGGUUGUAAUAUCAACAACAACGAUUGUUUCUGAAGAGGAUGAACUUUGCUUUUUCUUUAGAAAAAAGAAAGACUGAAAAAAAUCCUGAUUAUUGAGCAGAAAAAGGAAAGUGGAGGAAACCGGGAUGCAAACUUUAUUUUUCCUUUUCCUUUUUCUUAAAGUGUACAUUCCAGAGCACUUUCAAUAAAAGGUUUUAUUAACUUAAA